AUGAAAAAGGUUUCCAUUCUCGUAUUUGAAGUUCUGGAGAAAGCCUGGGCACUCAGAGACUGUGCACUCAUCGACUUAAAAAUUGAGUUUGUUCUUGACGCUGAAGGCAACAUACUGGUUGCCGACGUGAUUGACUCCGACUCAUGGAGACUCUGGCCUUCUGGAGAUAAACGCCUUAUGGUCGAUAAGCAGGUAUACAGAGAUUUGAAAAACGUCAUAGCCGCGGACCUCGACACCGUGAAGCGUAAUUUCGCGUGGGUGAAGGAUCAGUUGGAUCAACUUAAACCAACAAUUUACCAUAAAGUCGUGGUGUUUAUGGGAUCGCCGCAAGACAAGGAGCACUGCAACAAAAUAGCGAAGGCGGCUAAAGAUCUGCGAUUCCCGUUCUCCAUGGAAAACAUUCCAAGACAGACAAAUUUCGGUUGUUUUUCACUUAAAAUUGGAUCUAUUGUAACAGCUUUAUUAAUCAUUGUGUACUCAGUACUGGCUCUGGCACAAUGCUUAGCAGUCUUAAAUGUUCUUCCAUCAAAACUAACACCAGAAGACACCGACGCUAUGGUAUCAUACGGUGUUGUUAUUACCGUCACGGCAGUUCACGCAAUCACGCUGUCCAUAACUGCUGUGAUGUUGGUCGGCGUGUUGAGGGAAAAACCUGAUUUGAUGAAACCCUGGUUAGUUUGGACUUCGAUUCAAGUGACAGCUUUACUGCUCAUAUUCGUGUUUUGGAGCACAACGAACAUUAUCAACCAUUCUGGAGAGAGCUCGUUGAUUAUCUAUGUGGUAGAAUUUUUGUGUCUCACAAUCCGUUUCUACAUGCUUAUGUUGGUGGCCAGUUUUUACAAACAGCUGGAAGAAGGGAGCGAUGAGACGGAAAAACUUAGAAAGUUAAUUAACCCCGAAACUUGGUACAGUUCUGCGUAA